AUGGAGGACCAGCUGGUUUCGCUGCUGGCGAACACCCAGAGCUCCGAUCAGGGUCCCCGCCAGCAGGCCGAGAUAGAGCUCAAGCAUGCGCGCGCGAACCCGGCUUUCCCUACCUCCCUGGCCAACAUCGCCAACCACGCCUCCAUCGACACCGCCAUCCGCCAGGCCGCCCUCAGCACCCUCCGCCUCUUCAUCGAGAGGAACUGGAGCCCCGAAGACAGAGACGCCUCCGAGCCCCUCGUCGACAUCUCCGACGCCGCGCGCGACCAGCUGCGCAACACCCUGCUGGAGAUUGCCCUGAGCAAUGAGGACAAGAGACUCGUCAAGAUUGCGGCAAGCUAUGCUAUUGGCAAGAUCGCGUCAGCCGACUUCCCCGAACGAUGGCCUCAACUCCUGCCCACCGUCCUGGGCGUCAUCCCCACGAGCACCGACGUCCAGCUCCACGGCGCCCUCCGCGUUCUUGGCGACAUUAUUGAUGAGAGCCUGAGCGAGGACCAAUUCUUCACCAUGGCCCGUGAUAUUGUCAAGGCCGUCACCGAGGUUGCCCUGAACGAGGGCCGGAAACCCAACCUCCGCGCUCUCGCCAUCUCUGUCUUCCGCUCGUGCUUCGACCUCAUGGAUAUCGUCAAGGAGGACCACAUGAAGGAGGUCAAGUCCUUUGCCGAGGAGGCCCUCAAGGAAUGGUAUCCCUUCUUCGCCCAGGUCCUCAAGACCCGUCUGCCCGAAGCCCCGGCCGAGCUCGCUAGCGGCCAGCCCGAAAGCUGGAACCACAUCAUUGCCAUGAAGCUGCAGGUUGUCAAGACCCUUCUCAAGGUCAAGUCUGUCUUCCCUCACCUAUUGCUGCCGCACAGCACCAGUCUGUUCACAGCCGUGUGGGAGGAGCUCUCUCUGCUGCAGAAGCCCCACGAGGACCUCUACAUUGGACAUGAGGCCCAGGGCCGUCUCGAGGACUCCGACAGCCUGCCAUACACCCUCGAUUUCUUGAUCUUGGAGGAGCUUGACUUCCUCAACCAGUGCUUCCGCGCGCCUCCGGUCCAAGCUGAGCUCGAGGCUCAGUUGGCCGCCCACCCAUCUGCGCAAGAGACCCCCUGGAUGGUCGAGGUCAUGAAGAUGGUUGUCGGAUACUCUCGCAUCAGCCGUGAAGAGGAGGAGCUAUGGGAUAUCGACUGCUCCCUGUACCUGGCCGAGGAGACCUCCGUCACUGCUAACUACACCGCCCGCACGGCGUCCGGCGACCUUCUCAUCAAGCUUGGCGAGUGGUACAGCGAGAAGGCAGUGGAGGGACUCUUCGGUUACACAAAGACUCUGUUCCCUGGCGAUGGUUCCCAGUGGAGGAGUCAAGAAGCUUCUCUGUACCUGUUCAAUAUGCUGAUGAGCGAUUUCCAAGAUAUGGAGAAGCCCAUUCCGGAUGCUGUUUCAGAGGCGUAUCUUGGCCUGGUUGACUUCGCCGUAAACCAAUCCGAGCAGCCCCUGCUGAGAGCUCGUGGUUAUCUCGUUGGAGGCACCCUUGCCCGCGGAUUCGCGACGCCCCCUGCCCUCCUCGACCGCAUCAUCCAAUGCAUCACUUCUGAGGAGUCCGAGGUCGUCCAGGUUGCGUGCAUCAAGGCUGUGGAAGGCUUCGUCAGAUCCGGCCGAGUCGGCGGAGACCGUCAGGUUCCAAUCAUCAACGCCAUUGCUCAGUACAUGCAGAACAAGGACCCUGAGGAGAUGGAGGACGCAGAUGAGCUGCUCGUCACCCUUGCCGAGUCUCUGCGCUCCGCCAUCAACAUCGAUACCCGCAUCGCUCUUUCUCAAGACGUUCCCUCUGUUGACCUCCUGUUCAUGGUCGCGAAGCUCGGCGCCUCCAAUUUCCAGGCCACCAUGCUUAUCUGCGAAGCCUUUGAGGAGAUUGUCCGCACUCUCUCUGACACCACCUCAUACACCGCUCUGUGCGCGAAGAUUCUUCCCACGUUGACGGCGGCUUUUAACACGGCCAACGUAACUCAGGAUGAUCCUCUCGUGACCGUUGCCACUGAGCUGCUUACUGCGCUCGUUGAGCACGGCUCUGAGCCCCUCCCCGCCGGCUUCGUAGCCGCCACUCUCCCCAAACUCAACCGCCUCCUGAUGGAGUCUAACGAGGGAGAGGUCCUCCGCCCUGGUGCCGAGUCUGUCAAGUACCUUCUCAUGCACGACCACCACCAAGUGUUCGGCUGGCAUGAUGAGAGCGGCCGCUCCGGUCUGGAGGUCUGCCUUCACAUCAUCGACCGUCUGCUUGGGCCUUCCAUCGAGGACAACUCCGCCUCCGAGGUCGGAGGUCUCGCGGCAGAGCUCGUCGAGAAGGCCGGACAGGAGCGUCUUGGUCCCUUCCUGCCUCAGCUUCUCCAGGCUGUAGCCACGAGACUGGCUUCCGCCGAGGCUGCUCCCUUCAUCCAGUCCCUGAUCCUCGUCUUUGCGCGUUUGUCUCUCGUUGGCGCCCACGACGUUGUCGAGUUCCUCAGCCAGAUUCAGAUUCACGGCAACACUGGCCUCCAGGUUGUACUGAGCAAAUGGCUUGAGAACUCCGUCAGCUUCGCCGGCUACGAUGAGAUUCGCCAAAACGUUAUCGCAUUGUCGAAGCUUUACUCUCUUAAUGAUCCCCGUCUUGCCCAGACUAUGGUUAAGGGCGACAUGAUUAUCAACCAGAGUGACGGUAGAAUUAUGACGCGCUCGCGCGCCAAGGCCAACCCGGACCAAUACACCGUCAUCCCCGCCUCCCUCAAGAUCCUCAAGGUCCUCAUUGAGGAACUUCUCUCCGCAUCAGGUGCCAACGCUGCUGCCAACGCCGCUGCCGUCGCCGCUGCGGCCGAGUUCGCUGACGAAGAGAACGACGACGACGGUUGGGAGGACGAGCCCGAGACACUCGACCUUAGCCUGGGCGGUGUUAAGAACGACCUCAUGUCCUACAUUGAGGGCUCAGGCGCCCGCCAGCGCGACGACGAAACGCAAGCCUACCUCACCGAGUUCUUCAUGCGCGCCGCUCGGGAAGACGUGGCCAACUUUCAGGAGUGGUACGGCAUGCUGACCGAGGAGGAGCGUGGCAAACUCAACGAACUCGCCAAUGCCGCCGGUCAGUAG